AUGGCCGCCUCUCAAACCCUCGGGGGCUCCUCCCGCGCCGGCCGCGUUCUCGGCCACGCCCUCGAUAAGAUCAUCAAGAACGCCGCAUGGCGGAAGCACUCCGCUCUUGUUGCUGCCUGCAAAUCUGCCCUUGAUCGACUUGAGCUCAUCUCCGAAUCUUCCGAGACCGACUACGCAUCACCACUCGCCGGCCUCUCCUCUGCUGAUGCCGACCUCGCGCUAUAUCCCCUCUCCCUCGCUGUGGACUCUGCUUCUCCUAAGGUCCUUGAUCCCGCUCUCGAGUGUGCUCACAAGCUCUUUUCUGCUGGCCUUUUUCGUGGAGAGAUUGAUCACCGAUCUGAUCCCCAAGAGCCCCUUGACUCGGCCUCCAGGCUGCUCGGAUCCAUCUGUGGGUGCGGGGGGCUUGGCGACGAUGGGAUCGAGCUUGCGAUGUUGAGAGUCCUCAUCGCGGCCGUACGGUCUCCCUCCGUGAUCAUCCGCGGGGAGGCCUUGGUCCAGAUUGUGAAGAGCUGCUACAAUGUAUAUCUCGGUAGCCAGAGUGCGGUCAAUCAGGUAUGCGCUAAAGCUGUCCUAGCUCAGAUCCUGGCCUUCGUGUUUGCUCGGGCGGAGGCCGACACCGUGGAGGUUAGGGUCCAGUCGGUAUCAAUUGCAGAUAUGUUGGAUCUCUCCGACAAGAGUCUGAAUGAUUCAACAGUGGUCCAAGCUGCGCAGAAUUUCAUCAACGAGGAGAUGGGAGGCAGUGAUCCGGAGGUUUCAAUGGAGAGAAAAGCACAGAGAGAGUCCAGGGAUGAGCAGACUAAUGGCGGGGAUGAUACGGAGGGAGGAGGAUUGGGUAUGAUUAGAGAGGAUGCGAUUUUCUUGUUCAGGAAUUUAUGCAGAUUUUCAAUGAAGUUCCCAACUUCAGAGAAUGCAGAGGAUCCCCUUUUGAUGAGGGGGAAGGUUUUGUCUUUGGAGCUGCUCAAGAUGGUCAUUGACAAUUCUGGACCCGUUUGGCGAACCAAUGAGAGGUUUAUUGGAACUAUCAAGCAGUAUCUCUGCUUAUCACUGUUGAAAAAUAGUGCAUUAUCUGCUAUGAGUAUUUUUCAACUUCUUUGCUCCAUCUUCAUGGGAUUGCUGCUACGGUUUAGAUCUGGUUUGAAAGGGGAAAUUGGGAUUUUCUUCCCCAUGCUUGUCCUUCGAGUUGUUGAAAAUGUGCUUCAGCCCAGCUUUCUACAAAAAAUGACAGUUCUCAGCUUGCUAGAAAAAAUAUGUCACGAUCCACAAAUUAUUGUUGACAUUUUUGUGAACUAUGAUUGUGACAUGGAUGCGCCUAAUGUUUUUGAAAGGAUUGUCAAUGGCCUUCUGAAAACCGCCCUUGGUGUUCCUCCUGGCUCUGUGACAACACUGUCUCCAGCCCAGGAUGCUACUUUUCGCAUUGAGUCUGUGAAGUGCUUGUCAUGCAUUGUUAAAGCAAUGGGAAACUGGAUGGACCAACUAUUACGCAUUGGAGAAUUUUCUCCAAUGCUUGACACAGAGUAUUCUUCAGAGAAUCCUAGUACAGUAGAGGGAGAAGAAGGAAAUGGUACUGAUUUUGAUCUCAAUUCAGAAGUAAAUUCUGAAAAUGCUGCCAGUCUCGAGCAGCGGCGAGCAUUUAAGUUAGAAUUUCAGAAAGGUAUUGCACUGUUUAAUAGGAAACCUUCGAAGGGCAUUGAAUUUCUGAUCAACUCAAAAAAGAUAGGCAGUUCUCCUGAAGAUGUUGCUUCUUUCUUGAAAAACACUGCUGGUCUGAAUGAGACAAUGAUUGGGGAUUAUUUAGGUGAAAGGGAUGACUUCCCUCUGAAAGUAAUGCAUGCUUAUGUGGAUUCUCUCAACUUUGAAGGGAUGGACUUUGGUGAAGCCAUUAGGUUUUUCCUACGAGGCUUCAGGUUGCCUGGGGAAGCGCAGAAAAUUGAUCGCAUCAUGGAAAAGUUUGCAGAACGCUAUUGUAAAUGCAACCCUAGUUCUUUCUCCAGUGCCGAUACAGCAUAUGUUCUUGCUUAUUCAGUGAUAAUGCUAAAUACAGAUGCACACAACAGCAUGGUCAAAGAUAAGAUGUCUAAGGCAGAUUUUAUUAGGAAUAACCGUGGGAUCAAUGACGGAAAGGAUUUGCCAGAGGAUUAUUUGGGAUCUCUGUAUGAUCAGAUUGUGAAAAAUGAAAUCAAAAUGAAUGCUGAUUCGUCUGCUCCACAAAACAAGCAGUCAAAUAGCAUCAAUAAGCUUUUAGGCUUGGAUAGCAUUUUUAACCUAGUCAAUUGGAAGCAGCCUGAAGAAAAGGCUUUAGGAGCUAAUGACAUGCUCAUCAGGCGUAUUCAGGAGCAGAUUAAAGCUAAGUCUGGCAAAUCAGAGUCAGCAUAUUAUGCUGUCACAGACACCGCAAUUCUGAGAUUUAUGAUGGAGGUUAGCUGGGCUCCCAUGAUGGCUGCAUUCAGUGUGACACUUGACCAAAGUGAUGAUAAAGUUGCCACAAACUAUAGUUUGCAAGGGUUUAGACAUGCUAUUCAUGUCACGUCAGUUAUGCACAUGCAGACACAGAGAGAUGCUUUUGUUACAUCUGUGGCUAAAUUUACCUACCUCCACUGUGUUGCUGACAUGAAGCAAAAGAAUGUUGAUGCUAUGAAGGCUAUAAUAUCCAUCGCUAUUGAAGAUGGUAAUUAUCUUCAGGAAGCAUGGGAACAUGUAUUAACAUGUCUUUCACGAUUUGAGCAUUUACACCUGCUGGGAGAAGGUGCUCCACCUGAUGCUUCCUUCUUUAUCGUCUCUCAUACUGAAACAGAAGAAAAAGCACAGAAGACACCUGCUACUCCAUCAUCAAAGAAAAAAGGAAAUGCUCUUCAAAAUCCAUCAGUGAUGGCUGUUGUUCGAGGGGGAUCUUAUGAUAGUGUGGCUCCAGGGGUUACUUCUGCUUCAGGGCUGGUUACUCCUGAACAAAUGAAUAACUUCAUAUCCAAUUUACAUCUGUUAGAUCAGAUAGGUAGUUUUGAACUGAACCACAUAUUUGCUCACAGCCAGAGAUUGAAUAGUGAUGCAAUAGUGGCUUUUGUAAAUGCUCUUUGUAAGGUGUCCAUGACUGAGUUGCAGUCUCCAACUGACCCUCGUGUUUUCAGCCUCACAAAGAUAGUAGAAAUUGCGCAUUACAACAUGAACCGUAUAAGAUUGGUUUGGUCUCGCAUAUGGAAUGUUCUUUCUGAUUUCUUUGUUUCAGUUGGCCUAUCUGAAAAUCUUUCAGUUGCAAUUUUUGUUAUGGAUUCAUUGAGGCAGCUGGCCAUGAAGUUUUUGGAACGAGAAGAACUUGCAAACUAUAACUUUCAGAAUGAUUUUUUACGGCCUUUUGCAAUUGUAAUGCAGAAAAGCAAUUCCUCUGAGAUCAGGGAACUAAUUGUUCGAUGCAUCUCUCAGAUGGUUUUAAGUCGUGUGAAAAAUGUCAAAUCCGGCUGGAAAAGUGUUUUCAUGGUAUUCACAAUUGCUGCUGCUGAUGAGCGCAAGAACAUUGUGCUUUUGGCAUUUGAGACGAUGGAGAAAAUUGUUCGAGACUAUUUUCCCCAUAUUACUGAAACAGAGACCAUGACAUUCACUGACUGUGUUAAGUGCCUCAUCACUUUCACACGGAGUAGAUUCAACAGUGAUGCCAGCCUUAAUGCUAUUGCAUUUCUUCGAUUCUGUGCUGUCAAACUUGCGGAAGGACUGGUAUGUUCUGAGGGCCAUUCAGCAAAUGGAGAUUUCCCAGAAGAUGGUACUCUAACUGAUAAAGAUGAUAAUAUUCAGUUUUGGGUUCCUUUGCUUGCUGGUUUAUCCAAAUUGACAUCUGAUUCAAGGCCAACUAUCAGGAAAGGUGCUUUAGAAGUACUAUUUAACAUUUUGAAGGAUCAUGGGCAUCUCUUCUCAAGAAACUUCUGGGCAAAUAUCUUCAAGUCUGUCAUUUUCCCCAUAUAUAGCAAUGCACAUCAUACGCAUGUUGGUCAGACUUCACCCAGCCAAAAUUCUUCUCAGCUUGAGGAAAAUCCUUGGGACAGUGAAACCGAUGCAGUAGCAGCACAAUGUUUAGUGGACUUGUUUGUGCAUUUUUUUGAUGUUGUGCGCUGGCAACUGACAAAUGUCAUUGUUAUUCUCACUGACUACCUAAGAAUUCCAUAUCAUAAAUCUGCUAGUACAGGUGUUGCUUCCUUCCUACAUUUGACAGGCACCCUUGGAAGCAAAUUCUCAGAAAAUGAAUGGAUAGAGAUCCUGAUUCCCCUCAAACAAGCAGUUCUGUUGACCCAGUCUGAAUUUUCGAGAAUUAGCCGGAUCAUGCAUGAUGUUGAAAUUCCAAAUGAUCAAACGUUUUAUGAUGCUGAACUCUUAUCUGAAAAUGAGUUUGUGAACAAUGAAGAAGAGGAGGCUAAUAUGGAAACAGCAUCUUAUGCGAUUGUCAAAAUGAAAGGACAUAUUGCAGUGCAGCUCCUAAUAGUCCAGGCUGUCAUGAAAUUAUACGAAGUCCAUGAGGAAUUCUUUACAGUAGCUCAUAUAAGUAUCCUUUUGGAUAUACUGUCUUCUGUCGCAUCACAUGCCAGCACAGUGAUCUCUCAAACUAUCCUGCUACAGAAACUGGAGGCGGCAUGCUCCCUCCUGGAGAUACCAGAUCCUCCAGUUGUCCAUUUUGAGAAUGAAGCUCACCAGAACUACCUGAAGCUUCUUCAGGCUAUACACCAAUCCAAAUUGUUUAACCCCCACAAGAUGAGCAUAGAAUCCCAACUUGUGGGAGUCUGUGAGAAAAUUUUAAAGAAAUACUUGAAUUGUGCAGGAUGCCAAUCAGUGCAACAGCAUCCCGACAAUGGCCUGACCCAGCAUCGGGUUCUUCCUCUUGGUUCAGCCAAGAAAGAGGAGUUGGCUGCCCGCACUAACCUGCUUGUGUUCACUAUGCAGGUAUUGAGCAGCUUGGACAGUGAUUCAUUCAAGAGAAACUUGCCCUGUUUUUUCCCUUUGUUUGUUAAUCUUGUAAGUUGUGAACACAGCUCUAGAGAAGUACAGCGUGUUCUUUGUGAUAUCUUUCACUCGUCCAUAGGCCCAAUAAUAUUGAGUUCGUGAUGUCUGUCCUUUGUUUUUUCAUGAACUCAAUUCCUUUUAAUUUUUAAUAUACUUAAUUCUUUUUUUUUU